AUGGGAGAAACACCUGAGAAGUCGGAAAAGGAAGUAAAGGGGCUUUCACUAUGCUCAAGACGGAGACAAGAAAUUAUUCACCUAAAGAUAUUAGUGCCAUCUAUAGCGGUUGGUGCAAUUAUUGGAAAAGGAGGAGAAUCGAUUGCGAAGAUUCAAAAAGAAACAGGUGCAAGGAUAAAGCUGUCCAAAGUAAAUGAUCUGUAUCCUGGCACAGAAGAAAGAGUUUGUCUUAUUCAAGGUACUUUAGAAGGUGUAACUCGGAUGCACAAUUACAUAAUGGAUUGCGUGUUAGAAAAACCAGAGUGUUCUGAUACUCCUGGGACGGUUGUAUCAUGUGUUACGACUAACACAGCGCCAGCUUCGCAUUCUGAAAGUAUUGCCCCAAGUUCCACUGCUCCGGAUGACUCUGGCCAUGGUGUAACACAUUUGCAUAGAGGGUCUACGUGGACUCAUGGUUUGGAAUCCUCAGGAAAUCGUUUACCAUGGGGAAGACAUAAGCAGGUUAAGAUUUUGGUACCUAACUGCACUGCUGGUCUUGUAAUCGGAAAACUGGGUAGUUAUGUUCGAGAGAUAAAAGACAGAACUGGAGCUUUUAUACAAAUAUCACAGAAGUCUGUUGAGAUAAAUUUAUUGGAACGAUGUAUUACUAUUGCGGGUGAACCUGAUCAGUGUCGUGCAGCUGUCGAUUUAGUUCUAGCGAAAAUAGCAGAAGACCCUCAGUCGGCCAUUUACCCUGUAAUUUCCUACUCACAUGUGCGUGGUCCUGUUGCAAGUGCUUACCCGACCGGAUCACCUUUUGCAAUCAUGCCAGCAGUUCGUUUUCCGCCAUGUCAGGCUUCGCAUUUACAAUUACCCCCUGGACGUGGUGUGUCAGGCGGUGGUAUUGAGGCAUGGGACGGAAAUGCAUCAGGUGGUGUUGGCUUCUCGCCUGUUUCAAAUCCGUUUGGGUCAUCUCUUUUUCAAGCAGCUUUACUCCAAUUUCAAGCUGCUGCUAUAGCGGCCAAUUUAAGCCCAACUAACUACUAUCCUACCUUGUCACCUGUCGAUGCAACUGCAGCUGAUAUGUCCACCUUAACUGCUCAUGGAUUGUCUACUAACAUCAGUUAUAUGCCAUCUGAAGACCCCAGUAUUCCACAACCAGCUUUACCGGAUUAUGGGCAAGGGUUAUAUUCGUCUACUCCCACUGCAAAUGUUCCUCUGUUUGGUGGUAGUGGAGGCGCAAGUGGAAGUGGUGCCAAUCCCAGUGGAGCAAGUGGGGGGCCUGGAGGGACUUUGAUACAUGAAGACGCCGGCGUGUUAUGA